AUGAAUUCACAUACUUUAAAAGAAAACGAUAUGAAUGAAAUGAUUUUAAAUCUCAUGGAUAAGAAGAAAAAGGGUACUGUAGGAAAGAAAAAAAAAAUGAAGAAAAGUAUCCAAAAGGAGUGUAUAAACAAGAAAGACAUAAAAAGUACUGUGGAGAAUGUCUUCAAACAACAAGAAAAAAUUUACAGGGAUGAAGAGGAAAAUGUAUUACAGUACAUAAAAAAUGAGACAUCGAGCAAAGAAAAGGAACUUAACGAGUACUACACGUAUUGCCAAAAGUUUAAAAAUGAGUAUAAGAAAAAUUUCAAUGAAGCUCUUAAGCAUUCGGAGGAAAUGAAAAAAGAACUUAAGGACCUUCACAUAGAAUAUUUGGACAACAAGCUACUACUUGAAAAUAAAAGAAAAAUGGAGCUAAAAGGGAUGUUCAAUUUUUAUAAGGAAAAGCUUUUAGACAUCAAAACCCAGUGUGGAAAUAAAACCUUUUGUGAUGAAAACUUGAAAAAUAUAGUUUAUGAUAUUUUAAGUGUCAUCCAUUGA